AUUUGCAGGUCAACCAUUACCACUCGCCCUUUGAAAUACACUAUGAACUAUGCAGUGAAAAGGAAACCAAUUAUCACCAUACACGAAAAAGAAAAUGGAAUAAUGACCAUAUGAGAAAUAAAUUAAUAACAGAAUUUGUUCAUUUCUCAGCCUUUGGUUCUUGCUAAGCCUGCUCAGCCCUUAUCCUCUGGCUUUGCAACUACAUAUCUUGUUCUUUGCAGAGCAAGUUAAGUAAAUGUUAAGUGGACCAAGAAAAGUCACCAUGAAAGUGUUCUGGUUUCUGGUUUUCAUGGUUUUUAGUAAUGGAGUUUGUCUAAAUGGGUUUACUAGAGCCACUAAAAGAAGACCAGAAUUUGUGAACAUUGGAGCGACUUUGUCAUUCAAUUCCACUAUUGGUAAAGUUGCAAGAAUUGCGAUACAAGCAGCAGUGGAUGAUGUGAAUUCUGAUCCAUCUAUUCUUGGUGGAACUAAGCUAAGAAUUAAAAUGCAGGACACCAAUUAUAGUGGAUUUCUGGGCAUUAUAGAGGCUUUAAAGUUCAUGGAAGAUGAUACAAUAGCCAUAGUUGGCCCCCAGGCCUCAUUGACAGCCCAUGUAGUAUCCUUUAUUGCAAAUGAGCUUCAAGUCCCUCUAUUGUCAUAUUCAGCUACAGACCCUACUCUUACUUCACUUCAAUUCCCAUUCUUUGUUAGGACAUCACAAAAUGAUCUGUUUCAAAUGGCUGCAGUAGCUGAAAUUGUCUACUAUUAUGGAUGGAGAGAAGUGAUAGCAAUCUAUAGUGAUGAUGACUAUGGAAGAAAUGGGAUAGCUGCAUUAGGUGAUAAGCUUGCAGAGAAACGGUGUAAAAUUUCAUAUAAAGCACCUUUGAGUCCUAAAGCAACUAGGGAUGAGAUCACCGAUGCGCUAGUUCAGGUGGCUUUGACUGAGUCUAGGAUCCUUGUUGUUCAUACUUUGUCCGUUUGGGCUCCAACUGUGUUAAGUGUGGCUCAAUAUCUAGGCAUGAUGGGACCUGGAUAUGUGUGGAUAGCUACUAAUUGGCUCUCCACUUUGCUAGAUACUAGUUCUCCUCUACCCGCAGACACAGUUGAUAAUAUUCAAGGAGUUAUUACAUUGCGUAUGCAUACACCAGAUUCAGAUCUCAGAAGGAAAUUUGUUUCUAGGUGGAGCAACUUGACUAGUGGAAUAAAAGGUUAUGGCCCUAUUGGGUUGAGCACUUAUGGUCUAUAUGCCUAUGACACAGUUUGGAUGCUUACCCAUGCAAUUGAUGCAUUUUUUGAUCAGGGGGGAAAUAUUUCCUUUUCCAAUGAUUCGAGACUAACUGAACUGCGUGGUGGGGGUUUGCAUCUUGAUGCAAUGAGUAUCUUCAAUGGAGGAAAACUUUUGCUUAAAAACAUUUUGCAGGUUAAUAUGACAGGUGUCACAGGUCCAAUCAAGUUCAAUUCUGACAGGAACCUUAUUCAUCCUGCAUAUGAAAUCAUCAAUGUGGUUGGCACAGGGUAUAGGAAAAUUGGUUAUUGGUCUAAUCAUUCUGGUUUAUCAGUUGUGCCUCCUGAAACACUUUACUCAAGGCCUCCUAAUCAUUCCAGUUCAAGUCAGAUAUUAUACAGUGUCAUUUGGCCAGGACAGUCAUCACAAACACCUCGUGGGUGGGUGUUUCCAAACAAUGGAAGACAUUUGAGAAUUGGAGUCCCAAAUCGUGCUAGUUAUCGUGAAUUUGUCUCCCAAGUACGAGGCACAGAAAUGUUUUCUGGUUACUGCAUUGAUGUUUUUACUGCUGCUGCUAACUUAUUGCCCUACGCUGUUCCUUAUAAAUUAAUUCCAUUUGGGGAUGGAAUAAAAAAUCCAAGUGACAAUGAGCUUGUGCGCUUGAUUACAACUGGUGUCUUUGAUGCAGCAAUAGGUGACAUAGCGAUCACCACUAACCGAACAAGGAUGGCUGACUUUACGCAGCCGUAUAUUGAGUCUGGGCUAGUUGUAGUUGCUCCAGUUAAGACAUCGAAUUCUGAUGCUUGGGCAUUUUUGAGGCCAUUUUCCAGAAAGAUGUGGGCUGUGACCGCUAGCUUUUUCAUAAUUGUUGGUGUAGUUGUCUGGAUUUUGGAGCAUAGAUUGAAUGAUGAUUUCAGAGGUCCUCCUAGAAGACAAUGCAUCACUAUUCUAUGGUUUAGUUUUUCAACAUGGUUCUUUGCCCAUAAAGAAAAUACUAUCAGCACCCUUGGUCGCCUUGUUCUACUUAUAUGGCUGUUUGUGGUGCUUAUAAUUAAUUCAAGCUACACAGCAAGCCUAACCUCAAUCCUAACAGUGCAGCAGCUUUAUUCUCCCAUUAAAGGCAUCGAAACUUUAAGGACGAGCAAGGAUCCCAUAGGCUACCAGCAGGGUUCAUUUGCAAGGGAAUAUCUGAUUGAAGAACUCAGCAUUGAAGAGGCCAGAUUAGUUCCACUUGUCACCCCAGAAGAAUAUGCUAAAGCCUUGAAAGAUGGCCCCCAGAAAGGCGGUGUUGCUGCUAUAGUCGAUGAGCGCGCAUAUAUAGAGCUCUUCCUCUCAACCAGAUGUGAAUUCAGCAUUGUCGGUCAAGAGUUCACCAAGAACGGAUGGGGAUUUGCAUUUGCAAGGGACUCACCUUUAGCAGUAGACAUGUCGACUGCCAUUUUGAAACUAUCUGAGAAUGGGGAUCUCCAAAGGUUGCACGACAAAUGGCUUAUGAGAAGUGCUUGCAGUUCCACAGCCACUAAGUUAGAAAUAGAUAGGCUUCAACUGAGAAGCUUUUGGGGCCUAUUUAUGAUAUGUGGGUUAGCUUGCUUGCUUGCUCUCUUCUUAUAUUUUUUGAAGAUGUUGAGGCAGUUCAGCAGGUUUCAAUCUGAGGAGUUAGCAUCUUCUGGUCGAAGCUCAACAUCUGCGCGUCUCCAAACAUUUCUUUCGUUUGUUGAUGAAAAGGAAGAGGGAGUGAAACACCGUUCCAAGAGACAACACUUGGAAGGGAUCUCUAAUAGAGGUGAAGAUAAAUCUAUGGACAGUUCAAGUUCAAAGAGAAUACAUGAUGAAAUACCUUCCAAUAGAUGUACUCAUGAUGAUGAUGCUAAUAGUGAAGUGUAAAAUAGAUUCAUUUUUACCAAACAAUCACAUGGUGAAAUAGUUUUUAAUAUAAAAUUAGGGAAAUUAAGCUCUUUUUCAGUUGGCUCUUCUGCAA